GUUUAUCUUCUUUGCAAAAAUAAAAUAUACAGAAAAAUACUUCUGUCAACAAAACAAAUAACCCCAAAUAUACAGAACACAUACCUUUUUUUUCUUUUGCAAUUAGCUUCGUUUACUCAUGAUUCAUGAAUGUUUUAAGUUAUUUUAUUUAUUAUGACUUUUAUGCUUGUUUCACUGCUUACUCUCUGCCCACCACUCCCUGACACAGUCCUCUCUCUAAAACUUGUGUAAAUUUUGAUGUCUGAUAGUGCAAGCAAAGCAAUCACCCCAUGACCUUUAAUUUUCUUUGUUUCUCCCCUCUAAUUCUCUGAUCUUCUUUUUUUUUUAGGGGCAUUUUAAUUAUAGUUAGGUUAAAUAGAAACCAUAUUUAUUUGUGUAACCAAUAUAAAUACACUAACAAAACUGACAUAAUUAAAUGCUGUUGUUUUCUAUUUGUCACUGGGAGGGAAGGGAGAGAGUGAAAAAUUGAAAAUAUCUAGUUUUUUUUUUCUCUCUCUUGCUUUUAGGCUUUAGGCUUUCACUACUAAUACUCUCUUAGUUUAAGACAUUGCCUUCACAUCCAAACACAAAUGCAAAUCUUUGUCUCCUCUCUUCCUUCAAAGUCUUUCAUUACAAAACCCUAAUAUCUCUAAUCUUCUCUCUGUCUCUCUUAAGGGCAAUAUCUUCAAUAGAGUUCUGAACUUUGGAAGCAUAUUAAGAUAUCAAAGUAAUUUUCUACUUUUAGUUGUGAAGCUAGUCUCUCCUCUGUCCCCAAACCAAGAAACAAUUUGCAAAGAGAAAGCAAAAGGUUUUUGAAGAAGACCCAAUUAAAAAAGAUGGAAAUUGCAAGUCAAGAAGAUCAUGAUAUGCCCAUCCCAUUAAACACUACAUUUGGUGGUGGUGGUAGUCAUGGUCACAUGAUCCAUCAUCAUGAUCAUCAUGCUGCUAAUUCUGCUCCUCCAACUCACAACAACAACAAUACUACUCAACCACCUCCAAUGCCGUUACAUGGUAAUGGUCAUGGCAACAAUUAUGAUCAUCAUCAUCAUCAAGAUCCUCAUCAUGUUGGUUACAACGCUAUCAUCAAGAAGCCUAUGAUAAAGUACAAGGAGUGUCUCAAGAACCAUGCAGCAGCUAUGGGAGGCAAUGCUACUGAUGGGUGUGGAGAGUUUAUGCCAAGUGGUGAAGAUGGCUCCAUUGAGGCUCUCACUUGCUCAGCUUGCAAUUGCCACAGGAACUUCCAUAGAAAAGAAGUGGAAGGCGAACUCGCAGCCACCGCCAUGUCCCCUUACCACCAACACCCUCCACACCGAAAACUCAUGCUCAACCACCAAAAGAUCAGAUCAGCUAUGCCACACCAAAUGAUCAUGCCCAUUGGAGUCUCUAACUACCGGUACAUGCAUAACAACUCCGAGUCCGAGGACUUUAUGGAGGAAGAUGGCGUAACCACCGCAUCUAGAUCGCUACCAAACCUGCCAUACAACCAGAAGAAGAGGUUCAGGACAAAGUUCACGCCGGAACAGAAGGAGAAGAUGCUUAGUUUUGCUGAGAAAGUUGGGUGGAAAAUACAAAGGCAAGAAGAUUGUGUUGUUCAAAGGUUUUGUGAAGAGAUUGGAGUGAAGAGAAGAGUGCUUAAGGUUUGGAUGCACAACAACAAGAUCCAUUUCUCCAAGAAGAACAACAUUAACCUCGAAGACAACGACAACGAAAAGAUCAACAAUCUCAACAAUGUUGAUCUGUCCGGUAAUAACGACAUGACUAAGAUCGUCCCAUGAUAUAAUUAAUAACGUUAUUUUUAUAUGAUCUUUGAUAAUUAUUUAGUUAUCUUUAUGUUAGCUACUAGGGUUUUAAUUUUAUCUUCUAGCUGGUUUGGUUUUAUUUUAUAUAUAUAAGCUCAUUUCGCUAUCUCUCGUUAAACCCAUGGAUUUUAUAUAAUUUUCUGCUCUUUGUUGUGUUUUAUUUAUUUGGAAGUUAUAUAUAUUAAUCUUGUUGUAAUAAAUGUAUGACCAGCCGUAUUUUUCUUCUUCUUCUUCUUCUUUUGGGUAUGUAAGAAAAUCUACUUUGGUUACAUAUCAUUUUGAAUCAUUAGACUUUUCG